UUUCCGGAAAACUGGGAGCCAAAACAUCUUAAUUUUCUUGGAUUUGCUGCUUUCUAAUUUCUUCAGUCUGAUUUCUAAAUUAAGAAGCUACGACUACUUCUUCUUUGGGACUGGCGUUUGGGAUCGUACUCUGGACCAGAGGAUCGAUUCCAUACUAGCUCAAGGAACAAUUUUAGUUCAUGAUCUGCCUACGCACUAGACUUCGAAAUUUUCCAUCCAAGAAGACCAGUCUUCGUUGGGGUGACUCUUGUGGGCAAAUUUGUCGUUCCUUCAGACCAAUCCCUUGACCUUUCAGUCCUCUACUAUAACCGCCAACCGGACCUUUUUUUAACUGUUUUCUUCGGCACAUUUUUUUAGAAUCAUUUCGAUUUCAAGAAUGACUGCAUUCGAACGUUGUUAACGAUUCCUUUAUUGUAAUAGAUCGAAAGCUCCGUUUACCAUCAGUGGUUUUCCGGAAAAAUUGAAGGGAGGUGUUUAGACAACUCAAUUUAAACAAAAUUUUGACACCUGAGGACCAACCAUGACGACCAACAUAGCCGGGGUGAUCUCCGUAGUGUUCUUCUACAUCAUCAUCCUAGCAGUGGGCAUAUGGGCGGGCAAGAAAAAGAAAACGCCCGGCAGUGAUCUGGAAGAGAGUGAAGAAGUGAUGUUAGCGGGUCGGAACAUAGGCAUGUUCGUAGGCAUAUUCACAAUGACAGCUACGUGGGUAGGGGGCGGCUAUAUAAACGGCACGGCAGAGGCGUUAUAUAACAACGGGAUAGUAUGGUGCCAAGCCCCCUUUGGAUAUGCUAUGUCUUUAAUUAUUGGUGGUUUGUUCUUCGCGAACAAAAUGCGUGAAGAGGGCUACGUGACGAUGCUGGAUCCAUUCCAGGAUCUGUUCGGUAGCCGAAUGGGAGGACUGCUUUUCAUACCAGCCCUAUGCGGAGAGGUAUUCUGGUCAGCGGCCAUUCUGGCUGCAUUAGGAGCAACAGUCAGUGUCAUCAUUGAUAUGGAUAACAACACAUCCAUUAUCUUGUCUGCCUGCAUUGCAUUAUUCUACACGCUUUUUGGCGGACUUUAUUCUGUUGCGUACACUGACGUCAUCCAACUGUUCUGCAUAUUUAUUGGUCUGUGGCUUUGCAUCCCCUUCAGUUUGACGAAUUCGGCUGUUGGUAGCUUAGCGUUGAAAGAUACGGAUUGGAUCGGAUCUGUGGAACCGUCAGCCCUUGGCCAGUACAUGGAUUAUGGAUUGCUCCUUAUACUCGGAGGAAUACCUUGGCAGGUAUAUUUUCAACGAGUACUAUCAUCUAAAACCGCCUUCCGAGCCCAGCUCCUCUCCUACGUUGCAGCCUUCGGAUGUAUUAUAAUGGCAAUCCCACCGAUGAUCAUCGGAGCUGUAGCUAAAGCAACAGCCUGGAAUGAGACAGAUUUCCCUGGACCUCUUCCACUGGAUGCUGAUCACACUUCUUUGGUCCUUCCAAUGGUCCUUCAAUAUCUGACGCCAGCUGCUGUCUCCUUCGUUGGACUCGGCGCUGUGUCAGCUGCUGUCAUGUCCUCAUCUGACUCCUCCAUUUUGUCAGCAGCAUCCAUGUUCGCCAGAAAUAUUUAUAAACUUAUCAUCAGACAGAACGCUUCUGAAAGAGAGAUUAUCUGGGUGAUGAAAUUUGCCAUCAUCUUUGUUGGCAUAAUGGCUACGGCCAUGGCACUCACUGUCAAAUCAAUCUAUGGCUUGUGGUACCUGUCCUCGGACUUGGUAUACGUGGUGCUCUUCCCCCAGCUAGUCUGCGUCGUUUACUUCAAGAAAUUCUGCAAUACCUACGGGUCCUUGAGUGCUUACAUUAUCGGCUUCCUCCUCCGAGCCUUAGGUGGCGAAGAAAUCGUUGGACUGCCAGCCGUCAUUAAAUAUCCUUUCUACAGGGAAGAAACCGCCGAACAACUGUUCCCUUUCCGAACCUUGGCGAUGUUGAUGAGCCUGACGACGCUUCUCACUGUGUCCAGAACCAGCAAGUGGCUGUUCGAAACUGGACGCAUACCCCCGCAGAUGGACAUCUUCCACUGCGUCGUCAACAUACCUGAUGACAUCCUCAAGGUUCAAGAACCCCAAGAGGGCGAGAUGAGUGUCCUGAACGCCCAUCUCACCAAAACCUACCAAUCGGAGAUGAAUGGCAGGGUCAACCCAGCAUUGACCUUGAGCAGCGACGAAGCUGAAUCCGAUACACCCACGCCCAAUAACAUGCCAACACCUCCACCGCCGUACAGUGCGAAACCCCCUUCUCAGAACACGACAAACUUCUAAUAAUCCUGCAGAAGUUUGGUGGAAGGGUUCAGUUGUUCGGAACGUUGUUAGUCUUGGCAGCUGUUUGGGUACUUUUGGUUUUAUUGUAAUUGGGACAGAAUGAUUCAAAAGUUGGCAAAUCAUUAACCUUCAAACGAACAAUAUUGACCAUCAUAUAACCGUUUCAAAUUUUAAGAAUUUAUAAUUUUAGAAUAAGACACACUGAAAAUAUAACUGUCAAAUAAAUUCUAUAAAUUUCUAAAAAUAAAAGACUUAGAACAGAAUCCAGCCAGAUACUUUAAUUCGCCCCAAUCAAAAUCUUCAAAAAAAAUUCUUUAAUUUUAAUUCAUUAAACUUCAAGCGAACAAUUCCGAUCAUCAUAUAACUGUUUCAGAUUUUAAAAAUUUAGAAUAAGAACACUGGAAAUAUAAUUGCCAAAUAAAUUCUAUAAAUAUUUGCAAAAGGCAGACCAAAAUCCAGCUAAAUACUUCAAAUCGCUCAAAUCAAAAUUUUCAACAAAAAAACAUUUUUCUUAUCUAAUUUUAUAAUUGAAUAUAAAUUUUAAUUUUAAUUCGUUAAACUUCAAGCGAAUAAUACUGAUCAUCAUAUAACUGCUUGAAAUGUUUAGAAUUUAUAAUUUUAGAAUAAAUCACCCUGGAAGUAUAAUUGUCAGAUAAAUUCUAUAAAUUUUUCCAAAGACAUAGAAUAGAAUCCAAAUAAAUACUUCAAAUUAUUCCAAUCAAAAUCUUUAAAAAGUAAACUUUGAAUGUAAAUUCUAAUUUUAUUAUGAAAUAACUCUUUGUCAAAGAUUUACCAAAAGUUUGCGAAACAAAUUAUCAAAUCGGUGCAUUAGCAAUGAAAUAUCUGAAAGAUUUUGGAUGAGUAGGAAUUUUAUUUUAUCUACUUUGUAAAAAAAUAAUUAAGUUGCUGGAAAAAGAAUUUAGAUUAGGUUUAGACUUCGUAAUUCAAAUCGAAAAAAUUUUUUGCAUAAAUUUCUAAUUCUGGAUGAAACUAGUUUGAUUUUUCUUGACUCUAAUAUAAAUUAACAUUUAUAUUUGAGAUUCAAGAGCCUUUAUUUGCUACAUUAAUAUGUAGUAUAUAAAGAACACAAUGACAAUUAAAGCAAUUCCGCCAACGUAAUUAAAAUACACUGCCAAGACUAACAAAAUUAAACAAAUACACCGAUUUUUAUUGUUUUAUUGUUGUUUAUGAUUCUAGAGCUUUAAAAGUAUGAAUACACAUAUCAUUUUGGAUAUAUACAGUUAUUUUAUAAAUAUUAUGGUCGUCGAUUCGUAACCUGCUGGUAUAGUCAUGAUUUGACAGACUGUAAAAUACAUCCUUUACAACUUGUUCUUUUCCCUGCAUGUCAUUACAUGUUAAUGAUAAUGGCCAUUUUGUUCUUAGAAAAAAAUAUAAUGUAUUGCAAAUUAUGUAUUUAAUUAUCUAGAGAGUUGUAAAAGCAAAGUAAGCAAUUGUAUAUGUUUUAUAUAACAUAACAAACUCACUUUUAAUACAGAAAUCAACAUAUCAAUUUGGAAUACCUGUAAAAUUUAGAAGUUUGCUAGAAAUAGUGCAAUAUUUUUUCUACAGAAAUUUUACAGAAUUUUAUAUUUGGAAGGAAAAAGUGAAGAAACAAUUCAUAAUUUUAACACUAAAUAUAGUUUAAAGAACUAUGAAAUUACUUCCAAAUCAUUAGGUUACGUUCAAAUUUUACAAGAAUUAAGCGAUUUCGCAAUACGAAUGAAAUGGUGCAUGUUAUUUAACUUUCAAGAGAAAUUAUUAAAAAAUGAAAUGAAUUAUUUGUAUUAAACCGUAAUCCAAUCUAGCUAUAACUAUUUAAAUAAUUCUAAAUUUUUAUUUGAAUUAUUUAUUAAUCCAUAUUGGGAUUAUUUUUAAAAAAUUUAAAUUGACUGUAUUGAAAUUUCUUUGAAUAGUUUUGAUUUGAAUAAUUUUCUAAGUUAAUGCUCGAAAAUUGAUCAGGUUACGAAAUAUUAUUCAAUGUUUUGAAAAAAAUUUACUGAAAUGAAGUACGUUUAAAGAGAAUGAGAGAAACAUAAAACGACAAAAGUGAGUUCUUUAGAUAUUAAAAAAUUAUUAUCAGUUUAGAAUCCAUUGAGCGGUUAAGCAACUAUUUCUUUAUUCAUUCAUC